UAUGUGUUUGCUGUAUUUUGUGUAUGGCGUACAUGGCUAUGGCUAUAUGCUGCUAUAUAAGCCAGUGGACGUAACAAACCUCUGUGCUCAUUCUAACAGGAUCAUGUUCGAUAUCACAUUCGGUAUGGGAAUGUCGGAUACUUUAACUUUGAUAUUCCGCGGCUUAGACGAAUUGGACUAUUGGUGUGAAGUGCAAAUCCUGUCGGCAUCAGAGGAAUCCACCAUGAUUUUCGUCGUGAGGUUUCCCACUAUGGCGGUUUAUCAGAACUGUCUACUGAACCCUGGAGCAUUAAUGGUGGUUAUGGGAGAUUCUUGUGUGAGGGUGUGCAGCUUUGCCACCGAAGACACCGUAUCGCCGUAUAUAGUGAUGAGUGUGAAGCAGAAUCUCACUUUCCAGUUUACCAGCAAUAGUAGUAUCAAUCAGUACAUUUUUGCAAACUUCUACCAAGUGACAGUCACAACGGCCAGGGUGAAACCGCCUGGAGGUUGCGCCAAGAAGAACGAGACAAGCUGCACGGCUAAUGGGAUUGAUUACUGCUUCACCAGUGGUGUAUCGUGUGAUGGUAUCAAGAAUUGCGGGGUUGAAGAUUGGUUCGACGAGCGCAGAAGCGAAUGCGUUGACAUCGAGGAUAACUUGAAGAUAUGGUCAGUUCUGGCGUUCCUCGCACUUUUCCUCUUCAUCAUAACUACUGGCUGUCAUCUGUUAAUUCGCUGCCUUCCGCCUAUCACUGGAUCCUUCUUCAUCUUCACUGCUAACGAGGACAACCGCCUCUGCAUUGACCCCAAGCUGGUACCUUCUGGAAGUCCACCAGACGUCGCAAUACCAAGGCAACCGUCUAUUAUACCGAUAUCUUCGUGCUCUUCAUCAGAUAACAUUGAUGCACCAGUUUGUUUAAGCUCAGUGGAGACAAAGAAGAAAGAACAUAAGAAACUUUCGCCUCUUCAACGCAAGAUGACAAAGACGAUAACCGAAAAGGUCACCUCAAAAUUUAGGUCUUUUGCCAAUUACAGUAAAAAUAGUGAUAAGAAGACAGAAGGUCCGGAUGUUUAGAUAUAACAUUUUGACGCACCCUAAUUUAUUUUAAUU